AACAAAACUCCCACCAAAGAAAAAACACUGAUCAAACUUCAAUUUAGUUCAGCAAAAGAAAAGAAAAGAACCCCAUAAUAAAUCCAGCAAAAAUGAUUUCAUCUGAAGCAACAGGAAUCCACUACUUCAGCCCAGAGAAUAAUCCCUCCUCAAACUUCAACACCUUGGUGCCGGGGAACUUCCCAGCAGCAUUCCAAUUCAACAAAUUCUUCCCUGAUUAUCAUCCCCAUCUUCAAAUCCAGAGCCCACUUCAACUCAUCCAUGAUUAUCAAUUUGCUCCGGCGACAACUCCGGUUUCGAGCUUGAGCAACAACUCCGGUAGCACGUCCGACGAGGCUGAUGAACUGCAACUUAACCUCAUAGACGAAAGGAAACAGAGGAGAAUGAUAUCAAACAGAGAAUCAGCCCGGAGGUCAAGGAUGAGGAAACAGAGGCACCUUGAUGAGCUCUGGUCUCAGGUGCUGAGAUUGAGGAACGAGAAUCAGAAUCUGAUGAACAAAUUGAACGAUGUUUCGGAUUCACACGACAAAGUAUUGAAAGAAAAUGCGCGAUUGAAAGAAGAAGCAUCUGAUCUUCGUCAAAUGCUCACAAAUCUUCAGCUUGGAAGCCCUUUUCACAACAAUGGCUGCUUGGGUGAUCUUGAUGAGGUUCCAUGCAAUUCAGCUCUGCUCAGGUCUGAAUCAUCAACAACAACAAGCCAAUCGGGCGUCACUACAACUUCUUUAAUUGACUGAACAAAAGAGUAAUUAAUUAAUCCCCUGUUUCAGCGAACUCUGUUUUUUGUCUAAUCCCCUGUUUCCUGUUCUUUUUUCAUCAUGAAUGUAAUGAGUGAGUGAGUGAAACCCCUUCUUCUUCUCCUUCCUUGUAAUACUUCGAUAACAUGAUGAUCGAAUCAAGUUAAUUAAU